CCAGGUUCUUUUAUUUAUAGCCGCUCAACCCUAGCUAGACGCUAGGGCAGACCGGAGAGCGCCAAGCUCCGCCUCGCCAUGGCUACCAGUGUCGCCAGCGUCUAUCUCCAUGUCAUGGAGGACGUGAUCAACAAUGUCCGCGCGGAUUUCCAAGCGGAGAAUGUGGAGGAGAGCGUACUCAACGAUCUCCAGUCGCUGUGGGAGCUCAAGAUGAUUCAAUCGGGUACCAUUUCUCCCGGCGAGAUCCCCCAGAACCUAGGCGUUAGGAACGCUGCCGCGCAAGCAACCUCGGUCCAGGACCUCAACAUCCCUUACCAAGGAAGCGAAGAGUUCACUCCCACAGCCGAGCUCCUCUUCUCCCCGUACUCCACGCCAACACCUGGUCCGGAUCAAACACCCAUUGCUGACAAGAGCGGUGGCGAUGAUUCACACAAUCACCGAGGAGUGGACGUUAAUGUCGCUUACCAGGAGGGUCAGGAAGACGAAGAGAAUGGUUCCGGACAAGGCCCUGUUACCAAAGACUUCUUUACACUUACAUCAGGAAAGAGAAAGCGGGACGACUUACCCGCGAACUAUUUCCCUGGAGACUAUAUUCCCCAGCAUGACGGAGCCGCAGAUACCCCUGAGGAAACUCGAAGGCCGAGCAUCCCUCAACACGAUGGGGCAGAUGACAAUUAUGAUGAUGAAGUUGCCCAAGAAGACUACAAUGAGCCUGGCGACGAAGAACAUCCGCAGCCGGCUAACGAGACUCUGGUAGCGACAGCAACACAAGUGGAAGGUGUGGAAUCCGAAGGAUCAGAGCCUCCCUUGAAUGAACAAGAUGACGAUGAGGAGGACGAGUUAAACGACAUCGAUCAAGCCGGUGAGGAGCCAAAGACAAGUCAUCUCGUACUAGCGCAGUUUGAGAAGGUAACUAGAUCAAAGAGCAAGUGGAAAUGUAUCCUGAAGGAUGGGAUUAUGCACCUCAAUAAUCGUGACAUUCUUUUUGUAAAGGCAAAUGGAGAGUUCGAUUUUUAAACGUUGUUCGUUUAGCUGAGCCUAAAUAAAGGGUUUUAUUUAUUGUUAAA